AUGAAACAACCUAAAAUUAUUGAGCUAUUCUUUUAUCUCCCCAGUAAUGAGGAAAUUCUGUUAUGCUGUGAUGGUGCCUCUAGGGGUAACCCUGGCAUUGCUGGUUAUGGCUUUGUGGUUAGAAAUCAGUAUGGUGAUUUUGUUUUUGCUGAAUCUGGAGGUCUUGGAGUGAUUACAAACUAUAUUGCAGAGUUUAUUGCAAGUGUCAUAGCUUUAGAAUGGGCCAUUGAACACCAAAAAUACAAGAUUAUCUUACAAUUAGAUUCCAAGGCUUGCAUACAUUCACUAAUGCAACAAAAGAUUCCAUGGUUCUUACUGGAAAGAUGGCAAAGAGUGCAGGCUAAAGUUCUCUCAAUUUCUUAUAGGCAUGCUUACAGGGAAGUCAAUUUUUCGGCUGAUCACUUUGCAAAAAAGGGUGUGUACCUCUUGAAAGGACAAACAAUCACUUAUGAAGACAUACCAAGUAGUUUUACUGUCAUGGAAUGGCUUGACCAACCAUACUACAGAUUUAAGUAG